AUGUCUUCCUUUUCAUUUCCAAGUCCGACGAUCAAGCAAGAGCACAUAGAAAAGUUAUACUCCUCGUUUGGAGUAGAUCGCGCCGUGGUCUGUGAACUUUGUUCCGAUCACGAGACUCCGGAGACCGUCAGAAACGGGUAUGGCGGAGCAUAUCUCAACUUCUUCGAGUCCUGCGGGCUUUCUUUCCCGAUUCCGAGACAGCUGCUAGAGAUUCUCGCCGAUCUUGGGAUUUCUCUCACGCAGCUAUGCCCGAACCUUCUUCGACACCUCCUAGCGAUCCUCGUGAGGGCCAGAGAGGAGAAGAUUUUGUUUGAGCUGGAGGAGUUGCACAGCCUAUAUCUCAUAAAGCGCAACCAGAAGAAUCCUGGGACGUUCUUGGCGUCUCCUCGUCCUGGCCUCCAUGUGAUUGGUGGGACACCCUAUCGGGAUGAUCAGUGGCGAGAUCAAUUCUUUGCUUUCAAGGUCGACUCGUCCACAGUGAGAGAUUUUGAUUUCUCCCUGCUCCCUCGACGCUGGGCCGAAACUAUCGCUCAUCCGAGAGUUUCUCCGGUGUCCGAUCAACUUCGAGGAAUGGUGGCUGUUCUGAAACGCGGGGACACCGAUUGGUCAUCGUUUACUAGGGAGCAAAUUCGUACUUUGAAUUUGCUUCCCGUCGGUUUAGGUAUAGCUCCUGCGAUCUCGGGACCGGUCGGGUUGAUCAAAGAGGCCGAGCCUUCUGAUCAUGAAGAGCCUACCUCUAAGGAGGAGGUUAUUACUCGUCCUAACACGAGUCGUUCUGAGAGGUGCUCGUUCUGGAGAUCACUCAGAACCCGGGCGUCUGCUUCGAGGAAAACGCCAGUGGAUCCUACCCCGCUAUCUUUGAGCUCCGAUUCGGAGGAGGAUGUGCCAGCUCGCGAGCACGGGUCUGCCAAGGCUUCGCGAAGUGCUUCACCGAGACCAUCGCAACCUGCUUCCAAGACGUCGAAGAGACGGAGACUCUCGAAGCUUUGGGGCGCCGCUCUUUUUCCCUCGGAGGAGGAAAAUGCUUAUACCAAGGUCGCCGAAGCGAAUGCCAAGGUCAUGGAGGCUUGUAACGAUCUCGUUCUGAAGAUGGCGGAGCGUACAUGGACCUCUCAGAGAAAUGUGGAGAUCGAUCGGAUCUCCCUUGACUUCAAGAGGAUCUCUGCUGAACUCGAGAUCGCCAAGCGGGAGAACAAGGAGGAGGUUGAGAAGAUCAACUCCAUGAUGGCAGAGUGGGUAAAAGUUUGUGAUGAGAAAUCGGUUUUAGAAGUCGAGGUCGCUGCUCAACAGACCAAAAUUGUGAGGCUUGAAGCUGAGAGGGACCGAGACGUUCGCUCUGCUCGUCGUGAGAUGUCGCUUCAGUAUGCGGAGAUUCUGAGAUCUUUAGAAGAGAAGUGGUCCAACAAGGAAAGGGAGAUGGCGGCUAGAAUUCAGCUUCAGGAGGUGGUUGCCAACAUUGAUAUUCUGAACGAGAUCAAAGAGGGCAGCUGCGACGUUGAUAGGGAGUUGCGAGCGAGCUUUUCCUGUAGCCCGCUUCAUAUAGUGACCGAGCUUGUGUUCGAGCUCACUCCCUAUAGCGAGUGA